AUGCGCUCGUUCAUGAGCCUUAUGGGCGCAGACCCUUCGCAGGACCAUCUCCAUGCCUUCGAAACCUCCUGGCUCGUCUCGCCCUUCGUUCUCGGGUGUAUUCGAGCUGCCUUCUCGCUCUAUGCUUUCGUGACCAUAUUCUUCGUCAUCGGAUGGCGGGCGGUGCACCACCAGGUCGACAACAUGAAGGACAUGUUCGUCUACUUCACCAACUUGAGCUACUGGGGAGUAGCUUUUUACUUCCUCUUUGCUGCGAUUCACAGCUUCGUCUACGCGCGGACGGGACGCUCCGUGUUUUUCGAUAAGACCCCGCGGUUCCUGCGCGCGCUGCACAGCUUGCUCUAUUCGUCGAUUAUCAUCCUACCGAUCAUUGUCACGAUACUGUACUGGACACUGCUCUUCGGCGGCCCAUGGUUUCCAGAGGUUUUUGAGGCCUGGUCAAAUGUUUCCAAGCAUAUUAUGCAAACGGGAUAUGCCAUUUUUGAGCUCGUUAUCCCAGCUACAGAACCUUUUCCGCUCCUCCAUCUGCCAUUCCUGAUCAUCAUACUCCUUCUAUACACAGCGUUGGCCUUCCUCAACCACUCUUUACACGGAUUUUACACUUAUAGCUUCCUUGACCCUGGAGUUAACGGUGAGCGCAGCGGUCUUGUGACGGGAUACUCGUUUGGGAUUGCCAUUGGGAUUGCUAUUUUGUUCGGUGCAUCUUGGCUUAUAAUCUGGUUAAGAAAGCGCCUGACCGGCGGCAAGAAAAUUCUUGCAACGCCGCCAGUACGAGUGGAUGAAGAGAUAGCAAUGGGCCCAGAAAAAUGA